CCAACUUCAGACACAGAGGGAGAUCAUUGAGUACGAGGAGGAGAGAAAUGAGGGGCAUUUUGGUAAUUGUAGCAGCCUUUCUUCUUGCAGUUUGUGUUGCUGCAGAAGGGGAAAAGGAGUAUGUGUUGACCUUGGACCAUUCUAACCUCACUGAUACUAUUGCCAAGCACAACUUCACCGUCGUUGAAUUUUGGUUACAGGUUCAAGCUACAGAAACAGCUUCUUGCAGAAAUACAAGCUGUGGGCACUGUAAGAGUCUUGCUCCUGAGUAUGAAAAAGCUGCCGCAGAGUUGAGCAGUCACGAUCCUCCAAUUGUUCUAGCUAAGUAUGAUGCUAGUGAUGAAGCAAAUAGAGCACUUGCAACGCAGUAUGAGAUCCAGGGUUUCCCUACUAUUAAGAUCUUGCGGGAUGGAGGAAAGAAAGUUCAAGAUUAUAACGGACCUCGUGAAGCUGAUGGUAUUGUAGCCUAUUUGAAGAAACAAGUGGGUCCUGCAUCUCCUGAAAUCAAAUCGAAGGAGGAUGCUGCAAACCUUAUUGAUGAGAAAAAGAUCUUUGUUGUUGGUAUAUUUCCAGAAGCCUCUGGAGAAAAAUUUGAGAACUAUCUAACACUAGCUGAAAAACUACGAGCUGAGAUCAAUUUUGCUCACACUGUUGAUGCUAAACUCCUCCCUCGGGGUGGUCCAGUCGAUAAGCCCACUCUUCGUCUUCUAAAGGCAUUUGAUGAACUCUUUGUUGAUUUUGAGGAUUUUCAAGUUGAUGCUAUGGAGAAGUUCAUUGCAGAAGCUAGUAUUCCUGUUGUUACUGUUUUUGACAAUGACCCAAAUAACAAUGAGUAUGUUAACAAGUUUUUUGAUGGCACCAAUUCCGAGGCCUUGCUAUUUGUGAACUUCAGCUCUGAGCUUGAGGCUUUUAAGUCCAAGUACAACGAUGUUGCCAAGCUUUAUAAGGGGGAAGGAGUGAGCUUUCGCUUGGGUGAUGUUGAGGCUGGUGAAGGUGCUUUUGAGUAUUUUGGACUGAAGCCCGAACAGGCACCUUUGAUCGUAAUAAUGGGCACUGAUGAUCAAAAGUAUCUUAAGGAUCAUGUCGAACCUGAUGCUAUUGCUGCGUGGUUGAAGGAUUACAAGGAUGGAAAAUUGAAGCCAUAUGUAAAAUCACAGCCCAUUCCUGAAACCAAUGACGAACCUGUUAAGGUGGUUGUUAGAGAUACCCUCCAGGAUAUGGUUUUCAACUCAGGGAAAAACGUACUGUUAGAGUUCUACGCACCUUGGUGUGGCCACUGCAAGAAGCUAGCUCCAAUUUUGGAUGAAGUGGCCGUAUCACUUGAAAGUGAUCCAGAUGUUCUGAUUGCAGAACUGGAUGCAACCCGGAAUGAUCUCCCAAAAGAUCAAUUCGACGUACAGGGAUUCCCUACUAUGUACUUCAAAUCUGCCUCCGGUAAAUUGUCACAGUAUGAUGGUGAUAGAACAAAAGAGGCAAUCAUCGAAUUUAUUGAAAAGAAUCGCGACAAGCCUGUUCAGUCAGACUCUGCCAAAACGAUUCAGCGGAGGAUGAACUAUAGAGGUCUUUGGGACACAGUGCACUGGUGGUGGAUGUAAGAUUUGUUGGGGAUAUGCUGUUUUCAUUUCCCUACAACGUUGCACCAAUCGCCUUGCCCGACUGCUUUCCCCAUGUACUUUAAGCUUCAUCUGUUUCCUGUUUUAGUUUUUUGGUUCUUUUUAGUGCCAAUUAAACGGUUGUAUGUCUCCAUUAAUACAAUUCAGCGAGAACCACACCCAAAAGCUAGCUUUUGAGAUGGAAGAGUCCAAGGUUAUAUAA